AUGCAAUAUCAUAAUAGAAUUGAUACCAAAGCUUUAGCCUAUAUCCAAAAACAUGAAGGAAGAUCUCAUCCAAGACAGAGAAGAGCCUGUGAAAAAUAUAAAGCUGAGUUGAAGAAGGAAAACUAUCAUCUUCAUAGUGAAUUGCAAACAGAAGUUAAUACUAAUCAUCAGAAUGAGAGUCGAAUUAAUCAACUGGAGAAGAUAGAGCAUCUUGAAAAUGCUUUAGAAGAGAAGAUAGUAGAGUUAAAAUCUGAAAUCUCUAUCCUAAAAAGUCAGCUAUAUCAAGCUAAGAAAGAUGUAAGAGCAGUUAGUAAAAUCUGA